UGUUUUGAAUGGUGUGGGAUAACGAGCAGCUCCGAGAUAAACCCUGAUAACCACGGACCACACACCCCCUAAUACAUUUAGGGAAAACUCUGAGAUUCAUGUCACCAUAAGUCCUGUCACACUGGGAGAAAGCAAUGGACCUCCACAAAAUUAUCCACAGUGCACUGCACGAAUUCAUCCAGAUGUACAUUCCUGAUGCAGAUCUCAGCACACUGGAUGAUGUCCUGCUGUCUUACAUCACCGGAGUCCUGGAAGAUCUUGGUUCCCAGCAGAGUGUUGAAGAGAACUUUGAUGUGGAGGUCUUUGCUGAAAUGCUAGAAGCUUACAUUCCUGGCUUUGCUGAAAUUGACAGUGUCAAAAUCUGCGAAAUGAUGUUCAACCUGGCUUCAAAACUAGCCACAGCUCGGACCUCAGCUGACAAAGAAAACAGUGUGCCUAAGGCAAGGACAGAUGAGAUUUCAGAGAAACUCAGCAGCCUGCCAAGUGGACCCCCACCAGGGAGAGAAACGCAGUGCCUUAAAACACAGACAGAGGGCGCCACUGCCAAGCUACCAGAGUCUGAAUGGGAAGCCCAAGAGCAGCACCUUCUUGAGAUGUUUCCAAAGUGUAGUCUGUCUGAGGCACGUAGCGCCCUGUCCAUUGCCAAAGGAGACAUGGAGGAAGCUGUUCGCCUCAUUAUAGAAGGCGACGUCCAACUCAGCCCCACCCCCCUUAAUGUAAACCAUGGGAAGACUGUGACAUCACUGGCAGAUCAGAAGCUGAAAGAGAGCAUCCUGGAGAAGUACAUGCUAGUGGACAGGGAAGAGGAUAACAAAACACAUCGGCCCGUUGCCCCCAAAGAUGCUCCAAAGAAGCUUGUUCGUUACCACAGUAACCAGGUGGUAACCACAAAAGGAGAAAGGUAUCAGCUUGUGAAGACAAAUGAAACGGAGGACAUGAAGAAGACAUACGUCAACCUCAAACCUGCAAGAAAGUACAGAUUUCAUUGAUGAGCACAAAACUGUAUGUGCAGCUACUGACAAUAUUGUUUACAGUUUUUAAGUUAUUAACUUGGGUUAAGAUAUUUCCCCAGUAAAGGAAGAUCCAUGUGCGUGUCAGUGGCUUAUUUUUUUAAAAUAUAGCUACCAUUAUCUGCCUUGGUUGAACUGUACCAUUGCAUUGUUUCAGUUGUGUCACCAUUUAUUUUCUCAUGAAGCUUUUUGGACUUUGUGUGGUAUUCUGGUGAGGAUGUUGUAGCUUGUGUUUGUCUCUGUAUCAGCCUAACCUAUUUACUCUUUGCCAUUUCAGCAGGUCUGAUGUUGCACUGACACAUCUUUUUAUAUUUUCUUUCAUCUUUCUUUUUUACCUUUUUUUUUACGUGAUGUUUUAAAAUCCUUGUUAAAGUCAUAGAGAUGAAUCUAUUUUCAUUUCUGUACAUAGUUAUGUUCUAGUGGUGCUGUAGGUUUUUCUCUUGACAUUACAGGUUUCAUCAUUGAUGCCAUUUUUCAUUUUGAGCGUGGUUAUUUUAUCUUCAUUUUACAAAUGUACUGUGCCGUGGAAAUAUUUGUUCAGUUCUUGAGUUUUUACUCUAUUUUUGUGCUACUAAAUCCUUUUAAAAACCUAACAAUUUUGUCUAAGAUGAAAAAACUAGUGAACAUUUGCCACAUUGCUCCUUCCUUGCCUAAAGCUUAAAUUAGUACCUAUAGUAUGUGCUGUGAAUGUCCAAUUUGUUGUAAUUUUAACAUUUUUCAGUAGAGAUGACUAUAUUUACAGAACUGAAGGUCGACCAAAGAAUAAGAAUCUUGAGCAGCUAUGGAGAAAUGUUAAAUAUGUCAAUGGAAACCUCAACCAAGGCCACACGGAAAUAUAUCUCACUCAAUCAGUGUUGUGUUGGAAAACAAAUGAGAGGAAAAAAAAGACUACAGGAAAAUGUAAUCUCUUCCAACAGUAUUUUUUUUUUCUCAAUCCUGCAGACAAACCAUAACAAAAACAGAUUGUAAUAACCCAUCUAACCUCUGGUAUGAAGAAAUUGCAAUUAUUUUUGACAAACCUUAAAUCUAAUUUCAUUACUCAAGUUGGAGAAAAUACAAAUAUGUUGUAUUAUAAUUAUCAGUAACUCAUUUUACAGCACAUAUUUGUCAAGCGUGUACUAGUUAUGACAGAGCUAUAAUGGCAUAGUGGAACGGAGGACUGAGGUUACACCCAUGCAUUCUCCUGAAGGACUUGAUGCUAAAGUUCAUUCAGGCAGCAUUAUGCUUAUUUUUAUAUGGAUGUUUAGAUUUGCAGAUGUUUGGUAUAUAUUGUGCAGAGGGCUAUUGUGUGCUUUUAGGGUCUUUUCACAUUAACUGAAGGCCCUCAUUUAUUUAGGCUCAUCUCAUUUCUAUUCUCUGUGAACCAGCUUUGCCUGUGACUGUAGGUUGUGAAAAAUAUUGGAUUCUUAUAUGAUUUUCUUUUAUUAUUGGUUAUAUAUUAGGAUAGAUGAGUGGGUCAUUUCUUUCUAAACGUAUACUGUUGUUUUUGUGUCCCCCUCUACAUCCAUUUGAAGAAAACUAUAAGCAGUUUUUAUUUGUGGUGUUAUCUAGUUUUUCUUAGUAGUGUAACACAGUCUAGAGUUAUAAAGCUGUGUUGUUACUGAUAGUGGUCAUUAUCAGCAGCACUGUCUUUAAGUACCAUAUGAUGUGUUACUGUACAGCAUGGAUCAGAUUAACUGAAGCUGUUUAGUUGAAUUGAAUUUUAAUCUCUGGCUUUGACAAAAUAGUGACGCACAAUUUAUAGUAAAUAAAUACUAAUUUUUGUAGACUCCCA